CGGGUGGGAAAGGAUGUCGGUCACUCUAUUAAUUUCCUGAGAAAAAGCAAAGAAAUUGAACCCAGGAAAAAAAUAUACAAAUAAACUGGAAACUCUGUGAGAAGAAAUAGUCUUGUUGCUUCAAUUAACUGCGAUGGCUUCUUCUUCUUCUUCUUCUCAAGUGAAGUAUGAUGUUUUCCUCAGUUUCAGAGGUGAGGACACUCGAGACAAUUUUACCAGCCACCUCAAAGACGCGUUGUGUGGGAGAAAGAUUGUUACUUUCAUCGAUGAUCAACUUGUAAGAGGAGAUGAGAUAUCACCAUCUCUUUUGAAUGCGAUUAGGGGAUCAAAGAUUUCAAUCAUCAUAUUCUCGAAAGAUUAUGCUUCUUCUACAUGGUGCCUCCAAGAACUUGUAGAGAUCCUCGAUUGCAAGAGAAUGUACGGUCAGAUUGUGAUUCCAGUGUUCUAUCAUGUAGAUCCAUCAGUUGUAAGGAAGCAAUCAGGGACUUAUGGAGAUGCAUUUGGCCAGCAUGAAGUAAAAUAUAUGGAGGAAAAAGAGAUGUUGCAGAGAUGGAGGAAUGCUUUGACGGAAGCAGCCAAUCUAUCAGGCUUUGAUUCAAAUUCCAUCAGGCCUGAAUCGAAACUUGUUGACACAAUUACUGAAUGUAUUUUGGAGAGUUUGAAUGAUAAGUCUUACAGCGAUAAUAAGAACUUGGUUGGAGUAGUAAUGAAGAUCCAGAAAAUUAAAUCUUUAUUGUCUGAUCAGUCAAGUAAAGUAUGCAAGGUAGGACUUUGGGGUAUGGGUGGCAUAGGCAAGACGACUCUUGCUGAAGCAGUCUUCAAUGAAAUCUCAAGUCAAUUUGAAGCUUCGUAUUUUGCUCGAAAUGUUAGGGAAGCAUCAAAUAUAAAUCAACUGUGUCGUUUGCAAAAAGAAUUUCUUUAUGCAAUAUUAGGGGAUAAACACCUUGAUAUACGACACACAUCCACAAAAAAAAGGCUUGGACGUAAAAGAGUUUUUACUGUUUUUGAUGAUGUGACAGAUUCAGAACAAAUAAAAGAAUUAAUUGAAGAUCUUGAAGACUUGGGUUUUGGAAGUCAAAUCAUUAUAACCACAAGGAAUAAACAAGUGCUAAAAAUUUGUGGAUUGGAUGAUUCUACCAUAUAUGAGGUCGAAGGAUUAGGUAGUGAUGAAUCUCUUAGACUUUUUAAACAACAUGCCUUCAAACAAAACCAUCCAAUUGAUGAAGUUUACUUGAAGCUUUCAGAAAAAGUUAUAAGUUAUACAAAAGGUUUGCCUUUAGCUCUCAAAGUUUUAGGUAACCAUCUCCUUGGUAGAGGAAAACUUGAAUGGGAUAGUGCACUGGAAGAUUUACAAAAAUCUCCAUAUGAGGGUAUCCAAAAGGUGCUUAAGAUCAGUUAUGAUGGAUUAUCUGAUAAAGAGAAGACUUUAUUUUUAGAUAUUGCAUGCUUCUUUAAAGGAUGUGAUAAAUAUCUAGUUGGUACAUUUAGUUCACAUAUUCGAAUAUGUGUUCUUGUUGAUAAAGCUCUUAUAUCUAUUCUAUUUACCACAAUAGAAAUGCAUGAUUUGAUUCAAGAGAUGGGUUGGGAAAUUGUCCGGCAAGAGUCAAUCACUAAACUUGGCCAACGCAGUCGAUUGUGGCAUCAUGAAGAUGUAGAUCGUGUAUUGAAAAAAAAUCUGGGAACUGACAAAAUAAGAGGCAUGCUCUUUAAUAUGGUUGAAAUGAGAAAGAUCCACUUCAAUCCUCAUGCUUUCUCAGAGAUGGCUAAUCUAAGACUCCUUAUAGUAAAAAACUUAUAUUGGAGACACAAUAAUGAAAUUCAUGGUUUUGACAGCAUUGAAUUUGAUUUCUCAGAGUUAGAAUACCUUUGUUGCGAUUUUUACCCCUUCCCAUCGUUGCCUUUGAAAUUUGAUCCUGAUAACCUUGUUGUACUUAAGAUGCAAGACAGUAAUCUUAAACAACUAUGGAUGGGCAUCAAGAAUCUUGCUCGUUUAAAAUACAUUGACCUAAGUCGCUCAAGACAUCUACUUGAAGUCCCAGACCUUUCAAAGGCUUCAAAUCUAGAGCGGUUGAUUCUCUCUGGCUGCUCUACUCUCAACACUGCUCCAAGGAUAUCAGGUAAUAUGGAAAGAUUGUGUUUGGAUGGAACUGCAAUAAAAACCUUAUCGUCUUCCAUAGAAAGCCCUUCCAGACUAGUUGAACUGAAGCUUAAGAACUGCUUAAGCCUUGAAAGUCUUCCAAGCAGCCUUUGUAAUUUGACAUCACUUCGAAAGCUUAAUCUUUCUGGUUUGUCAAAUCUAAAGAUGGUUCCAGAGUUCCCACCGGAGAUCCUAGAGUUGUAUUUAGAUGGAAUUGCAGUAAAAGAAUUGUCUUCAUCGAUUGGGAAAGUAUCAUCUCUGAAAAGAUUAAGUCUAAGAAAUUGUUCAAGCCUUGAAAGUCUUCCAAGCAGCCUUUGUAAUUUGACAUCUCUUCGAAAGCUUGAUCUAUCUGGUUUGUCAAACCUAAAGAUGGUUCCAGAGUAUCCACCUGAGAUCCAGGAGUUGUAUUUAGAUAAAACUGCAGUGAAAGAAUUGUCUUCAUCGAUUGGGAAAGUAUCAUCUCUGAAAAGAUUAAGUCUUAGAAAUUGUUCAAGCCUUGAAAGUCUUCCAAGCAGCCUUUGUAAUUUGACAUCUCUUCCAAAUCUUGAUCUCUCUGGUUUGUCAAAUCUAAAGAUGGUUCCAGAGUUUCCACCUGAGAUCCUAGAGUUGUAUUUAGAUGGAACUGCAGUGAAAGAAUUGUCUUCAUCGAUUCAGAAAGUAUCAUCUCUGACAAGAUUAAGUCUUAGAAAUUGUUCAAGCCUUGAAAGUCUUCCAAGCAGCCUUUGUAAUUUGACAUCUCUUCGACAGCUUGAUCUCUCUGGUUCGUCAAAUGUAAAGAUGGUUCCAGAGUUUCCACCUGAGAUCCUGGAGUUGUAUUUAGAUGAAACUGCAGUGAAAGAAUUGUCUUCAUCGAUUGGGAAAACAUUAUCUCUGACAAGAUUAAGUCUUAGAAAUUGUUCAAGCCUUGAAAGUCUUCCAAGCAGCCUUUGUAAUUUGACAUCUCUUCGAAAGCUUGAUCUCUCUGGUUCGUCAAAUCUAAAGAUGGUUCCAGAGUUUCCACCUGAGAUCCUAGAGUUGUAUUUAGAUGGAACUGCAGUGAAAGAAUUGUCUUCAUCGAUUGGGAAAACAUUAUCUUUGACAAGAUUAAGUCUUAGAAAUUGUUCAAGCCUUGAAAGUCUUCCAAGCAGCCUUUGUAAUUUGACAUCUCUUCGAAAGCUUGAUCUCUCUGGUUUGUCAAAUCUAAAGAUAGUUCCAGAGUUUCCACCUGAGAUCCUAGAGUUGUAUUUAGAUGGAACUGCAGUGAAAAAAUUGUCUUCAUCGAUUGAGAAAGUAUCAUCUCUGACAAGAUUAAGUCUUAGAAAUUGUUCAAGCCUUGAAAGUCUUCCAAGUAGCCUUUGUAAUUUGACAUCUCUUCGACAGCUUGAUCUCUCUGGUUCGUCAAAUCUAAAGAUGGUUCCAGAGUUUCCACCUGAGAUCCAGGAGUUGUAUUUAGAUGGAACUGCAGUGAAAGAAUUUUCUUCAUCGAUUGAGAAAGCAUCAUCUCUGACAAGAUUAAGUCUUAGAAAUUGUUCAAGCCUUGAAAGUCUUCCAAGCAGCCUUUGUAAUUUGACAUCUCUUCGACAGCUUGAUCUCUCUGGUUCGUCAAAUCUAAAGAUGGUUCCAGAGUUUCCACCUGAGAUCUUGGAGUUGUAUUUAGAUGAAACUGCAGUGAAAGAAUUUUGUUCAUCGAUUGGGAAAGCAUUAUCUCUGACAAGAUUAAGUCUUAGAAAUUGUUCAAGCCUUGAAAGUCUUCCAAGCAGCCUUUGUAAUUUGACAUCUCUUCGAAAGCUUGAUCUCUCUGGUUCGUCAAAUCUAAAGAUAGUUCCAGAGUUUCCACCUGAGAUCCUAGAGUUGUAUUUAGAUGGAACUGCAGUGAAAGAAUUGUCUUCAUCGAUUGAGAAAGUAUCAUCUCUGACAAGAUUAAGUCUUAGAAAUUGUUCAAGUCUUGAAAGUCUUCCAAGCAGCCUUUGUAAUUUGACAUCUCUUCGACAGCUUGAUCUCUCUGGUUCGUCAAAUCUAAAGAUGGUUCCAGAGUUUCCACCUGAGAUCCUAGUAUUGUAUUUAGAUGGAACUGCAGUGAAAGAAUUGUCUUCAUCGAUUGAGAAAGUAUCAUCUCUGAUAAUAUUAAGUCUUAGAAGUUGUUCAAGCCUUGAAAGUCUUCCAAGUAGCCUUUGUAAUUUGACAUCUCUUCGACUGCUUGAUGUCUCUGGUUCGUCAAAUCUAAAGAUGGUUCCAGAGUUUCCACCUGAGAUCCUGGAGUUGUAUUUAGAUGAAACUGCAGUGAAAGAAUUGUCUUCAUCGAUCGGGAAAGUAUCAUCUCUGAAAAGAUUAAGUCUUAGAAAUUGUUCAAGCCUUGAAAGUCUUCCAAGCAGCCUUUGUAAUUUGACAUCUCUUCAAGAGCUUGAUGUCUCUGGUUCGUCAAAUCUAAAGAUGGUUCCAGAGUUUCCGCCUGAUAUCCUAGAGUUGUAUUUAGAUUGGAACUGCAGUAAAAGAAAUUGUCUUCAUCGAUUGAGAAAGUAUCUUGAUCUCUCUGGUUCGUCAAAUCUAGAGAUGGUUCCAGAGUUUCCACCUGAGAUCCUGGAGUUGUAUUUAGAUGAAACUGCAAUGAAAGAAUUGUCUUCAUCGAUUGGGAAAGUAUCAUCUCUGAAAAGAUUAAGUCUUAGAAACUGUUGCAGCCUUUGUAAUUUGACAUCUCUUCGAAAGCUUGAUCUCUCUGGUUUGUCAAAUCUAAAGAUGGUUCCAGAGUUUCCACCUGAGAUCCUAGAGUUGUAUUUAGAUGGAACUACAGUGAAAGAAUUGUCUUCAUCGAUUCAGAAAGUAUCAUCUCUGACAAGAUUAAGUCUUAGAAAUUGUUCAAGCCUCGAAAGUCUUCCAAGCAGCCUUUGUAAUUUGACAUCUCUUCGACAGCUUGAUCUCUCUGGUUCGUCAAAUCUAAAGAUGGUUCCAGAGUUUUCACCUGAUAUCCUAGAGUUGUAUUUAGAUGGAACUGCAGUGAAAAAAUUGUCUUCAUCGAUUGAGAAAGUAUCAUCUCUGACAAGAUUGUCUAACUGCAAUGAAAGAAUUGUCUUCAUCGAUUGGGAAAGUAUCAUCUCUGAAAAGAUUAAGCUUAUAAAUUGUUGCAGCCUUGAAGGUCUUCCAAGCAGCCUUUGUAAUUUGACAUCUCUUCGAAAGCUUGAUCUCUCUGGUUUGUCAAAUCUAAAGAUGGUUCCAGAGUUUCCACCUGAGAUCCUAGAGUUGUAUUUAGAUGGAACUGCAGUGAAAGAAUUGUCUUCAUCGAUUGAGAAAGUAUCAUCUCUGACAAGAUUAAGUCUUAGAAAUUUUUCAAGCCUUGAAAGUCUUCCAAGCAGCCUUUGUAAUUUGACAUCUCUUCGAUAGCUUGAUCUCUCUGGUUUGUCAAAUCUAAAGAUGGUUCCAGAGUUCCCACCUGAGAUCCUAGUAUUGUAUUUAGAUGGAACUGCAGUAAAAGAAUUGUCUACAUCGAUUGGGAAGGUAUCAUCUCUGAUAAGAUUAAGUCUUAAAAAUUGUUCAUGCCUUGAAAGUCUUCCAAACACCUUUGAUAAGUUGAAAUCUCUGAUAUAUCUUUGUAUGUCGGGUUGUUCAAAGCUUGAAAGAUUGCCUGAUGUCUUGGGAAAGUUAGAGAGCUUUGAAGCAAUUGAAGCUAAUGGAAUUACUGUUAAAGAGCUGCCUUCAGUUAUGGCUGUUCUAUCAGCUUUGCAAUUUUUAAAGAGAUUAGAGUUGAAUUACUGCAGUAUUACAGAGUUACCGAAUAAUAUUGACAAUCUGCCCUUACUCGUAGAUCUAGAAUUGGAAGGAAACAAUUUUGAGAGCAUCCCAACAAACAUCAUGAACCUUUCCAAGUUACAAAGCCUUAACAUAAGGUUUUGUGAUAGGCUUCAAUCCUUACCAAAGCUUCCACGCAAUAUAAAAGAACUUCUAGCAGAUGGUUGCAAAUUGCUGAAAGAAUUAUCAGGUUUUACAAAUCGAAUAACUCCAGGACCUGAUAGAAGGUCACUGAGCUUGUUCAAUUGUGUCAGUCUGGAUUGGGACGCAAUCAGAAACAUUUUGAGUGAUUCUAUAUUGGAUCCGUACUCAAGUAAAAUUAACCAUUUCGCAUAUAAGGUAACUCCCCAGCGAGAAGUUGAAAUUUGUUACCCUGGAAGUGACAUUCCGGAAUGGUUUAACAUUCAAAGUAGUGGAUCAGUUAUUAAGUUACCACAAGGUUCAUUCAAUGAGAAGGUUCUGGGUCUUUCCUUUUGUUUCAUUGUUGAAGUUGAAGAUAAUUGUGAUGAGUGUAAUUUCUUUGGUGUUGGUUCUACGUUGCGACUGAGUCGCCCUGAUGUGGACAGAAUGUAUAGUGAACAGACGUAUCUUUUGACCAAGUGUAUUAAGUCAGAUCAUGUAUUAGUGAUAUAUGACCACAUUAUAUGGGAGAUAUUUGGGACAGAAGAUUUUAAAUUCGCUUGUGAUACGGAAGCCGUUAUCUCUUUCCGUCCCUUAGAUAGUUUAGAAUUUACAGAGAUAAAUUGGAUAAAAAAUAUAAAGAAGUGUGGGGUUCGUUUAUUGUUCACAGAAGAGUUGGAGGAAACUAUGAAAAGAUCAGGAUGUUCCAUCCAUGGUGAAGAGGAUGGAUUUAAAUCUUCAAAUUUCUAUAAAGGCGAAUCCAGCUCAAGACAAUCGGGGCCUUUCAUGGUCAGCCAACCUCUACCGGACUGCAUGACUGAAAAAGGGGAAUUGGAGCCUCUGCCGAGGGAAGUGCUCAAGCACAGGUAUACUGGCAAUGGUGAGCUGGACGUUUUUGUUGCCUGGAAAAAUUUACCAGAAUUUAAGAAUUCAUGGGAGCAAUACACUGCCUUCAAACAAGCUUUCCCACAAUUCCACCUUGAGGAUAAGGUGCCACUCGAUAGGAGGGGAAAUGUUAGGUCUAGAAUUUAUGUAUCACGCAAGUGGAAGAGAGACCAAAUGAAGGGUACACCUAGCGACUUGGAGUUAAAGCAAGAGGCAGAAUUAGAUUGGCCUGAGCAACAAAAAGCUGGAGAUGUAAGUGGCAAGUAGGGAGCUUGUUGUUGGAAACAAACACAAAAGAGAGGUGCCAGCCCUGGAGGAGGGAGCAAGCAGAAUUAAGGAAAA